UUCAAGAUGGUGGAUUUCCUCGCAGAAAACAACGCUUGUGGGCAAACUGUUUUAAAGCUCGUUAGCCGUGGAAAUGCCAUUGUUGCCGAGCUUUUGCGCCUUUCUGACUUCAUACCUCCAGUAUUUAAGCAAGAAACCAAAGAGGAUCGUGACAAGUAUGGCGAGAUCUUAGCAGACUUCUCCUAUUUCAAAGGACCUGAUUACUACGAGAAUAGAAUUGACUCGAAGGCGGAACUUCAAGAUCUAGAUGAAGAAUUCAGAGAAAAUCACAUAGAAAUCCUGACUAGGUUCUACAAAGCCUUUGAAAGUGUCCACAAGUACAUCACCGAUCUAAACAGAUAUCUUGAAGAUCUUGAAGAAGGAGUUUUUAUACAACAAACACUAGAGAGUGUACUAAUUAAUGAAGAUGGUAAACAACUCAUGUGUGAAAGUCUAUACCUUUACGGUAUUAUGCUGUUAGUAAUUGACAUGAAGUUCGAGGGAGACAUUAGAGAGAGAAUGUUGGUGUCUUAUCACAGAUACUGUGCUGCUAGAGCAGAUGUAGACUCAAAUCUUGAUGAUGUGUGUAAACUUCUAAGAAGUACUGGAUUUUCCAAUACUCCAGGAGCAAAGAGACCCUUGAAAUAUCCAGAGGAUUAUUUUAGGCGAAUCUCUGUCCCCCAGUCAUUUGUGGAUAUGCUGAUUGGUCGUCUGCGGUCUGACGAUGUCUACAAUCAGAUCUCAGCUUAUCCCUUGCCAGAACAUCGCAGCACAGCCCUUGCUACCCAAGCUUCCAUGUUGUAUGUCAUGUUGUUUUUUGCACCAGAUAUUCUACAGAACCAGCAGGCUAAAAUGAGAGAGAUUGUGGACAAACAUUUCCCUGAUAAUUGGGUGAUCAGCAUCUACAUGGGAAUUGUUGUCAAUUUGGUAGAAGCUUGGGAUCCUUACAAAGCUGCUAAAACAGCUCUCAACAAUACACUUGAUCUCAAUAAUGUCAAACCAUUGGCAACCAGAUACAAUACCAAAGUUAGAACCCUGAAUGCAGAGGUGUUGAAUUAUCUCAAAGAAGGAUUUCUUGUUGAGGAAUAUGCAUUGGAUCACAUCCCAAAACUCAUGAACUGCAUUAGAGACUGUAAUGUGACUCUCAGAUGGCUCAUGCUUCAUAACUGUGAAGUAUUUGAAAUGAACAAGAGAUGCCGAGCUCUAAGAGAGAUGGUAACUGCAUCAGGGUAUGACCCAAAAGCUGUCUUUGACCUGCUGUUGAAUACUGCUCAGUUUGAACUUAAGCUGAAGGAGAUGUUCAAGCAGAUGUUGGCACAGAAGCAGUCUCAAUGGGAAAAACACAAAACAGAAGGAGUUGAGAGAAUGGAUGAGCUUUCUGAAGUAUUUUCUGGCACCAAACCACUGACAAGAAUUAAAAAAAAUGAAAACCUCCAAGCUUGGUUCAAAGAGAUGUCCAAUCAGAUUUCCUCAUUAAACUAUGAGGACUCUACCUCAGCUGGACGCAAGAUGGUGCAGCUUAUCCAAGCACUAGAAGAGGUUCAAGAAUUUCAUCAGCUGGAAAGCAACCUUCAAGUACGACAGUUUCUCCUGGAAACAAGGCAAUUCUUACAUCAGAUGAUCAGGACAAUCAAUAUCAAAGAAGAGGUUUUGAUCACCAUUCAGUUAGUAGCUGACUUAUCUUAUGCUUGGAACAUCAUUGAUAGCUAUUCUGGAUUUAUGCAACAAGGAAUUAAGAGUAACCCUUCUUUGGUUCAGAAAUUAAGAGCAACUUUCCUCAAGAUGGCGUCAGCUAUGGAUUUGCCUCUUGUGCGUAUUGGCCAGGCUAACAGUCCUGAUUUGGUUAGUGUGUCCCAAUACUACUCUGGUGAAUUGGUGGCUUAUGUGAGAAAGGUUUUACAGAUUAUUCCUGAGACAAUGUUUGGCCUUCUUGCAAGGAUCAUCCAACUCCAGAUCAGUAGCGUGAAGGAGGUUCCAACCAGGUUGGAAAAAGAUAAGUUGAGAGAAUAUGCACAACUGGAUGAAAGAUACCAGAUAGCGAAGUUGACACAUGCCAUUUCCGUGUUUACGGAAGGGAUUUUGAUGAUGAAGACAACUUUGGUCGGAAUUAUAAAGAUCGACCCUAAACAACUUUUAGAAGAUGGAAUUAGGAAAGAGUUGGUCAGACAGGUGGCGUCUGCCCUUCACAUUGUUCUCACGUUUAAUCCAAAGGCUAAGCAAUCAGAACUCGGCUUGAGGCUAAGAGAACUUGGGGGAAGAAUGGACGGAUUCCGGCGUUCUUUUGAAUAUAUUCAAGAUUACAUCAACAUUUAUGGUCUGAAAAUUUGGCAAGAGGAAGUUUCCAGAAUCAUCAACUACAACGUGGAACAGGAAUGCAAUAGCUUUCUUAGAGAAAAGGUCCACGAUUGGCAAUCUGUCUAUCAAUCAACCACGAUUCCCAUACCAAAGUUUCCUCCCGUGGACGAGUCUGUCAAUUUCAUUGGACGAUUAGCGAGGGAGAUACUCAGAAUAACAGACACCAAGACCACGUGUUAUAUUGACCAGAUGGGAGCCUGGUACGACAACAGAACCAAGCAAGAGGUGAUGAACUUACUGAUCCUAAAACAACUUCAGCAGGCAGUUGGCUCGUUUGGGCUGACGGGACUGGACAAACUACUGUCGUUUAUGAUAGUCAAGGAACUGCAGAAAUUCCAAGCAUUGCUGAGAGGAGCACUCAAAGACAAACUUGUGGUAGACACAUUGGUUGCACUUUCCAAACAACUCACCCCCGUCAAAAGUCUCAUUGCAUCACCAUACAGAGUGUAUCCUCCAGUUACUCAAAAGCUGGCCCGUCUGUGGACUCAAUAUAGUGAAGCAAUCAUGAAAGUCGGCCAAAUGCAGCUCAUAAGAAGACAAAUCUCAAAUGAGUUGAACUGUUCCUGCAAGUUUGACUCGAAAGUCCUACACAAUGCUCUGGAAACUUUUAACAAUGCACUGUUACGGGAUGUCGAAGCUCAUUACCAGGACCCCACUCGGCCAUAUCCCAACGAAGAGAAUCCUCUUAUGUUUGAACUGACGUCAUAUCUUGAGUGGGCUGGUAUUCAUAACCCACUCACAAAGAUUUAUAUCACUACAAAGAAGUAUCCAUAUUUUGCACUGCUGAAUUUCCUGUGCGUGAUUGCACAGAUGCCAAAGCUGGUCUAUGUCAAGAGCGUUGGUACAAUGGUGGCCAGGCGACCGACCGAUCAGAUCGACAGCGCACCAUUUGUGGUAGGAGUGAUCACAGUUCUGAAGCAGUUCCACUCCGAGUACACAGAACAAUUCUUAUCGUGCUGUGGACAAUAUGUGAAGUCCCUUAUCGAGGCUACGGCUGCAAAUGUGAGAAGCCAAGAGAUCCCAGCGGAAGUUGUAAACCUGUUAGUUUUCCUUGAAGACUUCUUGGCGUACAGUGAACUUCCAAGGAAGGUUGUGGAAGCUCACAUUCCCAGCUACAUUUUUGACCAAUUCCGAGUUCAUCUCACGUAACAGUGUAGCCCGGACAUUUGUUCGUGCACCCUUGGGCUGACCUCAGAAACGAGUACGACAUAAUUCCUGGACAAGGCUCACUUCAUUGUAGAUAUGGAAUUCUUAACUUGGUGUUCAAUUAGAAACGUGGUGAAAUUCUACAGACAGACCAAAGUAUUUUUUCCAAGAGAUUUAUCACUACUUUUAACUGUGAGGAUUUUUUGUGAUUCAAGCCGUUGAAAUAACUGUACAAUAAGAUAAACAAUUUGUAUAAUUCUGUAUAAGUGAUUUCAGUAAAUGUAAGUGUAUCACGUAACUUAAAGCAUCGUAAUACAGUAAUUUUUUUUAAGAAACAAAAGUUAGCUAUGCGUUGAAUUAAAAUCUCUGUUAAUUCUACAAACGGACCAAAAUUAUUUUUCCCAAGAGAUUUAUCACAACCGUUUAACAGAUGGAAAAAUUAUCAAUUUUUGGUAAUUCAAGUUGUUGAAAAAUUGUUCAAUAAGAACAAAAAUCAAAGGGCGUAGCCAGGAUUUUUUAAAGGGGGGUCACACUGUGUCAGACAGAGGGUCCUCACAAGUUUGCGCCACCUGAAUAUUGUAUUUUUUUGCAUAAAAAAGGCUUACAAAGGGUAUCACGGGCACCGCAAGACACCCCCCCCCCUCCCACCUAGCUACGCCCUUGAAAAUUCGAAUAGAAGUUUGACUUAGUAGCUGUGAAGCUGAUUAAAGUAGUUAUCGAAAGAAGAACAAUAGAGUUUGAUUUCCGACCAUUUUGCAUUGAAAGAAAUAAACUAUCUGUGUGGUACAUACCAAAACGAUUAUACACCUCCACUUCGGUGAAUAAUUGUUAAUUAUUACUGUUAUUCUGGUUUAAUUUCAGCAAGUGAAUAUUGAAAAUAUAGUCAAAUAUUUGUCCUCAGA